ACUGCGUGUUCAAGUCGUUCUGCCUCGUCGUGCUUCAAGUUGUAGGAAGAUUUGUAUUCAACCCUUACAACGCUUUGGACACACACUAGUAAUUCUUAAAAGCGAAAAAACGACAGAUGUCACAUUCCCAGACCAAGUUCUCACCGCCGGCCUUGUGGAUUAAUCAAAGUAAACAUAUCUCGUCUCUUUUCCGUCGCGGAUCUUUAGAUAAUUCAAGAAGGUCCCCCAAAAUCCAAAAAGCUGAACACGGGCUCGGGCAGGAGCAAAGCGCUCAUGAGAUAACGGGUGGAGUGUUCCAAGUUCAAGCAUUCGGCUUCGUUAUGCCAGCCAGCCAAAUAGAUACACCAUCAUGA